UUAAAGAUUGGUGUGGCGCACAAAACGUGACAGUGAUAAGUGAAAAUGUUUUGUUAGCAUUCUUUACAAUAAUGAGCAAGAGCUACAAAAGUUCUACGUUGUGGAAGAAUUACUCGAUGCUCCGAUCUAUGUUGAAUGUUCGAGAGAAUAUUGAUAUUUCUAAAUUUAUGAAACUGCAGGCAUUAUUAAGACGAACAUCAGUUGGAUAUGAGGCAAAGAAGUCUAAAAUAUUAGAAUAUCCUGAAAUAGAAAGAUUCAUUAAUGAAGCACCCAACACAGAGUAUUUGGCAGCGAAGGUAAUUCUAAUAAUUGGUUAUUCCGGAGCAUGCAGGCGGGAGGAACUAAAAAAUUUGCUUACGGAUGAUAUAGACUACAAGUCCGAUUCAAUUUUUGUGACGGUACCAAAAACCAAAACUAAACGUCCAAGGCUAUUUGCAAUUACAAAUGCAAUGUGGAUAGGCUUAAUCAAGGAGUAUGCUUGCUUAAGACCUGUACAUAUAACCCACAAACGGUUUUUCAUAUUUUAUCGACAAGGACGUUGCACGGUGCAACCAAUUGGUUUGAACAAAAUAGGCGAGAUGCCCCGAAUUAUUGCAAGAUAUCUCAAGUUGCGGAACUGCGAUGAAUAUUCCGGGCAUUGCUUUCGCCGAUCAUCAGCAUCACACUUGGCGAACAAUGGUGCAGAUAUAAUGACACUGAAGCAACAUGGUGGGUGGAAAAGUUCCUCAACAGCAGAGGGUUACGUUGAUCAAUCUAAAAAAAAAAGAAUUGAAGUCGCAGAGUUACUUUCGGUUUCGACUACUCAAUCCAAACAAGCUGGACCCUCCACGAAACCAUGUACUGUUACUAGCGGAGAACAAUCCACCCUCGAAUCCACCACUGUUAACUCGUUACAAAAUGUCCCCGGAAUUACUAUAAAUGCAGGUGAACAUUCCACGGUGACUGUUAAAAUUUAUAACAAUUGUUCUUUUAAGAACGAAAGUUAGGUUGAGGUUAGAUAAUUUCAUUUUAGCACAUUUUUAAGAAAUCGUUUAUGCAAACUUGUUUAAUGACUUUAUUGGUGUAAUUUAAUAAUAAAUCGUAAUGCGUGUGCAUUUUUCCUUUUAUAUGAGCUUUGUUUAAUGAAUAAACAUUGAUAUUAGUGUGAAAAAAAGUAACCACCUUUAACUUUACCACAGAACACGAGCAUACAAAGUAUAAAGCGUACUCUUGUGCUGACGUUUUGUUGGCUGUCACACAUAACAGGGAUACCAAUUCCUAAACAAAACAAGCCUCCAAAAAUCGUGUUAGAAUGGAAAAGUUACCAAAAAUCGUGCUAGAAUGAAGUUCAUUCUAUCAUCAUAAU